GUAUGUAUGUUGGUGUUUUCAUCUUUCACGACGUCGUAAAUAUCUUCCAAACUAUUUUACAAAAGUCGUUCUUCAUUUGCUUGUAUUUUAUACCCAAUUCAUCAUGGGAACUAAAAGGAAAAACAUUGAAGAUGAACUGUCACGGUUUGAGGCGGAAAUAUCAAAGCCUGCUACGGCUUCCACCACACUUUUUGUGCCCAAUCAAGUGAGACCCAUUAUUUCCGCCAAUACUUACAGUUUGAUGCAACAGAAAAUUCAACAACAACCAUCCUCAGUAGUUCCGAUAGCAGCGGCGGCAUCUGUUGCAGCACCUCCUAGAAUAUCUUCAGUGCCUCCACCGCCCAUACCGCCACCAGCAUUUAUGCCCACAUUUGUUCCUACGCAAAUAACAAAGUCAGCGCCAGUUGUCACAACACCGACUCCCGUCGUGCUAAGUAGUGCUCCCAAGUUAUAUGUCAGCAGGCAAUCUGUAAAUGUGCCCUCAGUACCCGUUGCUGCGCCCAUCGACAUAAAUGCCAUACAAUUUGAUGUAACACAAAAACUCAAGAAAUUAAAGGCGGAAAAAUCAGGACCAAAUCCCAUUGCAGAAGAGGCCAUAAAAGCCGCCAAAGCUUCAUCCGCCCUACAAUCUUUCCAGGUCACAGAGAAAAAGAAAAAAGACCGCAAAACAGUACGAGUAGCUGGUGGACAAGUUUGGGAGGAUUCCUCGCUGGCCGAUUGGCCUGAUGAUGAUUUUCGCAUCUUUUGCGGUGAUUUGGGCAACGAUGUUAACGAUGAAGUGCUCACUAGAACCUUUAACAAAUAUCCCUCGUUUCAACGUGCCCGUGUAAUACGCGACAAACGUACGGGAAAAAGUAAAGGAUUUGGAUUUGUCAGUUUUCGAGAACCUCAAGAUUUUAUACGAGCCAUGAAGGAAAUGGAUGGACGCUAUGUUGGCAGCCGACCCAUUAAAUUGCGUAAAAGUACAUGGAAACAACGCAGCUUGGAUGUGGUUAAGAAGAAAGAAAAGGAGAAGCAACUGCUGUUGCAAGCCAUGAUGAACGCUUGAUAGUUGUAACAUUAAUGAAUAUACGUUUGUACGUUUGAAUGGAGCUCGACAAGUAGAUAAUCUAGUUUAGGCCAAGUUUUCGGCGUUGUUUGGAAUGAGAAAAAAUACUAAUUUGUACUUUAGGAUGAAGAUAACAAAAUAAAAUUUAUUUUGAUACAACA